UUGAACAAGUUAUGGGACUUGUUCGAAAAACAAGCAUGUCAGUUCUUCUAGUUUUGCUAUGUUGCUUUUGUUUAGAUUCUGGCUCUGCCACAGAUACCAUUACAUCUCUUCAACCCAUGAAAGACUCUGACUACAUAAUCUCUAAUGGGAGUGCUUUCAAACUGGGAUUCUUCAGCCCUAAAAAUUCUACCAACCGCUACCUCGGAAUAUGGUAUAAUAAAAAGUCUGUUCUACCUGUCCAAUGGGUAGCUAACAGGGAGAAACCCCUCAAGGAUUCUUCUGGGGUUCUUACUAUAUCUGACGGAAAACUUGUCAUAUUAGAUGGACAAAAGGAGAUUCUUUGGUCAUCAAAUGUUACAAACUCUGUUGUCAAUUCAAGUGCCCAGCUUUUAGAUUCAGGGAACCUAGUCUUGCGAGAAGGCACUACAGGGAGAAUCGUAUGGCAGAGUUUCCAACAUCCUUCUGAUACACUCUUGCAAAGGAUGAAAUUUAGUACUAAUGUAAGAACAGGUGAGAAAGUGCAAUUUUCACCAUGGAAAGGCCCUUCUGAUCCAUCCAUUGGAAGCUUCUCCUCUGGUAUUCAACCUCAAACUCGAAGUCUUGUUCAAAUAUUCAUUUGGAAAGACGGUCGCCCAUUUUGGCGUAGUGGCCCAUGGAACUCUCGGAGCUUUAUUGGAUUGCCAGAAAUGUAUUCUAUAUAUCAUGACGGAUUUAGUCUCACAGAGGAUCAAGACGGAACAUAUUCUUUUAGUUUUUCUUAUAUGAACGAUUCUUUGUUUCAUUGUGUCAUAACUACAGAAGGAGAUAUACAGGCAAGAUAUUGGGAUUGUGAGAAGGACGAUUGGGGGAUCUUGUGGAAUGCUGUGAAGAGUAAGUGUGAUGUUUAUGGUAUGUGUGGGGCAUUUGGAAGCUGUAAUUCACAAAGUUCACCAAUUUGCAGCUGUUUACCUGGGUUUAAGCCAAAGAACACAAAAGAAUGGAAUAGAGGAAAUUGGACUAGUGGAUGUGUAAGGAGGACACCGUCGUCACAGUGUACGGUGGUGAACAGUAGCAUUGAAGCCGUCAAAAUGGAUGGGUUUUUGAAACUGAAGACGAUGAAGGUGCCAGACUUUGCAGAUUCCCCACCUGCUCAUGGAGACUAUUGCAGACAACAGUGUUUAGAGAAUUGUUCUUGUACAGCUUAUGCAUAUGAUAGUGGCACUGGUUGCAUGUCAUGGACUAGAAGCUUAAUUGACAUACAGAAAUUUUCUAGGGGCGGAGUUGAUCUGUACAUUCGUGUUGCCUAUUCAGAACUUGAUAAAGUGGGAGACGGGAAAAAAGUUGUCACAAUCAGUGUGAUCAUAGGAGCAAUUUUCAUUUCCAUAUGCACUUUUUUACUAUGGAGGUGGAUGGCAAAAGAAAAAGCAAGGAAAAAGAAAGCGAUGGAGAUCUUAUUUUUCAACAAAGGGGAAGCACAACAAAAUUUUAACAGUGACAACCUGGCCCAAGUCAAAGUCCAGGAGCUACCGCUAUUCGAUGUUGAGAAGCUGGCUAAGGCAACAAACAACUUCCAUUUAUCUAACAAGCUUGGGCAAGGUGGAUUUGGUCCCGUAUACAGGGGAACAUUGUCAGAUGGACAAGAGGUAGCAGUAAAAAGACUUUCUAAAGCCUCUGGACAAGGGUUACAAGAAUUUAUGAAUGAGGUGGUGGUAAUUUCCAAACUUCAACAUCGGAAUCUUGUUCGGCUCCUUGGUUGCUGUGUUGAAGGAGAGGAAAAAAUAUUGGUCUAUGAAUACAUGUCAAACAAAAGUUUGGAUGCAUUCCUAUUCGCUCCACAUAAAGAAAAACUAUUAGAUUGGAGAAAACGGUUCAACAUUAUUGAAGGAAUUGGUCGAGGUCUACUCUACCUUCGUCGGGAUUCUAGAUUAAGGAUUAUUCAUAGGGAUUUAAAGGCAGGUAACAUCUUAUUGGAUAAGGAGCUAAAUCCAAAAAUAUCAGAUUUUGGAAUGGCCAAGAUUUUUGGAAGUAAUGAAGACCAGGCCAAUACCAAUAGGGUCGUUGGAACUUAUGGCUAUAUGUCUCCUGAAUAUGCAAUGGAAGGACGAUUUUCAGAGAAAUCAGAUGUCUUCAGCUUUGGGGUGUUGUUACUAGAGAUACUAAGUGGAAGAAGAAACUCUAGUUUUUAUCAUGAUGAGGAGUCCAUGAAUCUUCUUGGAUUUGCAUGGAAAUUGUGGAAUGCAGGCAACAUUGUAGCCUUGAUAGACCCAAUCAUAUCUGAACCAUGCUUUGAAAUGGAGAUUUUAAGAUGCAUACAUGUUGGCCUGUUGUGUGUGCAAGAAUUUGCCAAGGAUAGGCCAAUUGUGUCUGUUGUUAUUUCCAUGCUUAAAAGUGAGAUUGUUGAUCUACCUCAUCCAAAGCAGCCAGCAUUUAUUGAAAGACAGAUUGCCUUAGAUACCAAGUCCUCUCAACAAAGACAAAGCAAAUGCUCUGAUAACAAUGUUACUAUUACAAUGGUUCAAGGCCGAUAAAUAACAUGUGUUGUUGACAUAAUCAUGUUGUAGUUAUAUAUUCAUUUUGAACACUUUCACAAGAAACUUAAAACUUUUGUCAAUA